GAACAACGAACGCUUACAUAUAUAAGCCCGUGGUACGAGUUCUCAACGAGUAAUCUUCGCUGGGGUAUCUCCUUUUGUUUUCAGUCAUUGUAUCAUGUUAGCUCGCACUCUCCUCAAGCCUUCCCAAUCUACAUACCGACUCACUAUCCGCGCCAUGUCCACCUCUGCAGAACAGCUCGUCAUCCCCUCUCGUUCUCCUUCGAACAACGUAGCCAUCUUGACCCUUAACAGGCCCAAGGCCCUCAACGCGUUGAGCACACCCUUGUUCAAUGCUCUCAACUCCGAGCUUGAGAAGGCCGAGACAGAUGAGAGUGUGAGGGCUAUCGUCAUCACCGGUGGUGACAAGGUGUUUGCUGCCGGUGCCGACAUUAAGGAGAUGAAGGACAAGGAAUUUGCUGAAGCAUACACUAGCAACUUCCUUGGAUCCUGGAACCAAAUCGCCUCUAUCCGCAAGCCCAUUGUCGGUGCUGUCGCCGGCUACGCCCUCGGAGGCGGAUGUGAGCUCGCCAUGCUCUGCGACAUCCUCGUCGCUUCUCCGACCGCCGUCUUUGGCCAACCCGAGAUCACACUUGGGAUUAUUCCAGGUAUGGGCGGCUCCCAACGCCUUACUUCCCUGAUUGGAAAGGCGAGGGCAAUGGACAUGGUCCUCACUGGGAGGAAGAUUGAUGCGGAGACGGCUGAGAGAUGGGGGUUGGUUAGCAGGGUUACGAAAGAAGGAGAGAGUGUGACUGAGGAAGCGGUGAAGGUGGCAGAGAACGUGAGCAAGUUUGGAAAGGUGGCUGUACAGGCUGGUAAGGAGGCCGUUAAUGGAUCUCUCGACCUUCCCCUCGAGCAAGGUCUAAGGCUCGAAAGGAGGCUCUUCCAGCAACUCUUCGCGACCAAGGACCAGAAGGAAGGUAUGGCUGCUUUUGCCGAGAAGAGGAAGCCUACUUGGUCCGACAAGUAAAUUGCUGGAUCGCCUAGAGUCGAAAGAAGAAAUAAUGAAAGAAGAAUAACGGUCAAGAAUUUUAUAUGCAAAAUCAUAUGCAUUUGAGUACUGUAAAUAAGUUUCUCGAAGGUAAAUGCGUGAUGACAUGAAUCGACAUUAAAGCG